CCGUGGCAAAUGCACUUUGCGUAUCAGAGCAAUCUUAGCCAGCUAGCCUACUUCGACCUACUGCUCUUGUUCCUCACACACAUUAGCACUAAAUUUUGCAGCUGCACAAUGGCAACCGCUGAGGUUCAGCAAGUGGUUCCAGCAGCCGCCGUGCACGACGACAACAACGGCCGCGACGUCCACGACACGCCCAACACCAAGGUAGCAGGAGAGGAAGAAGAAGGAGCACCUCUUGCAGUUGCAGAGGACGAGCUGCACAACAAUGGCGGCCCCAACUCCAAGGAACAGGAGAUCGUCGUGAUCACCAAGGAGCAGGAAGCCGCCGCCAUCACCGUCGUCGUUGACGACACCGCAGACGGCGACGGCGACGGCGACGGCGGCGGCCAUGAUAUCGCGCAUGAGGUAGAAGCCAAGCUCGCCGUCGAGACCCCUCCUGCUGCUGCUGACGCGAAGGAGGCGGAGCCCGAGGAAGAAGGAGGAGGAGGACGACGCCGUGUGCAGGCAAAGAAGACGACCGAGAAAGCGGCGUCCAAGGCGGCGAUCGUCCCCGUCAACGACGACGACGACGAUGAUCAGGCUCACGAGGAUGUCGUCGUCGCUGCGCCGGUGGCUGCUGAGCAUCAGGAGACGGCGGAGGCGGCGGCGGCGGCGGCCGGCGAGGAGGAGGAAGCGCCGGAGGACAAGGAGGAGGAUGCGUGUGAGAAGAGCAAGGUUCAUGAGGAGUAGAUCGCUUGGGUUUUUUAUCGUAUGGUGUGCACGCGCGUACGUACGUGUCCUUUGUUAUCUUAGUACUUGUCGAAAUGCUUUGCACGCACAAUAUGCAUAUUAUCGUUAUAGUAGUAGCUAAGUUAAUUAAUAAGGCAGUUAAUCUGCUAAAGUCAUUAAGUUUAAGUAAUUCGAUGAAGUUAACUAUAGUAACGUUGAUAUA